GUAACAAGACCUUGGCUCUUUUCUUCCGCGACCGCGGUGGGGAGCGCCAUGCCAUGGGAAGGCUGAGACAGACCCCGACAAGACGCUUGGGCGUCCAUGGGGUGCGGUCUUUGUGCUCCCAAAGUUCAGAACAAACCCUCCAGUGUGUCUCCCUCGGCACAGUCCGUGGGGAAGGCCUUUGCAACCGAUGCCGAGGCAUCUCGACCGCGCAGCUGGCGUGCCCGAGAGGCAUCCAGCGAGCCGGAAGGUGCCGAAGGGGGCCCUGUCGGAGCUGCUGCUGCCGAAGCAGAAGCAGCCGAAGCCAGGGAAGGCCCCCGGGCAGCUGCAAGUGCGCUGUCUCAGGAUCAGGCCGAGCUUCCCGGCAUGCCCGAGAGCAAAGCCGAAGCAGAGAAGGGCAAAGCCCAGGAGCCAGAUGUUUUGGAGACAGUCCUGGAAGAGGAACCAAAACAAGGAAAGAUGGAGAAGACGGAGAAGGAGCCCACCGAGCAGACGGCCGAGGGGGCAGACUCAUCAGAUGAGAGCGUGGACGAGGAAGAGAUGGAGGCAUCUCUCCGCGCAGUGGCGGAAGUGCUUACGCCACGGAGAGGCAACGAGGCAGGCAUGGAGACAAAGGCUCCGAUGCCACAGCCUCCACCUGUGCGCCAAGCACCCAUCUCGGCCCGCUCCUCUCGGCCACUUUAUGAGAUCACCUCGCCGAUGUCCAAGCCACAGGCAGAGCUCCCACCUUUUCCACCGGUCACGGUGUCAACCAGCACACAGUUGCUGCUCCUCACUUGGGCCCGCUGGGGCCGCAACAUGUGCCGAAUCAAGCAGGAAGAGCAGAUCAAAUCCUUGCAACAUAAGCGUUUUCCUCGUAGUCCUCCUCCAAUCCAAUUGUCUCCACAGCCCACUCCACGGGAAUCUUCGGGCUCAGGCGCUGCCCCCCGCACUGGUGCCGCCGCCUGGCGCGCGGGCGGAGAGCUAGGCAUGGGCACUACGGUGCACUCACGCGAAGGUGGUAGCCCUGGCAAAGCCUUUGACCUGGCAGAACUCCGGGAGGAGCAGCGUGACUCCAUGGCAGAGCAAGGGGCAAGGAUGAAACUGACUCGUGGUCUUGGCAGCAGUGCAGCUCAAGCACAUAGCUUGGGAACACCUGGUUUUGGUGUUGACACUCCGGGAUUCCCCGGUGGUAGCGGUGUGGCCUCGGCAGAUGCAUCUGUGGCCAGCUCUGGUGUGGCUUCACCCGUCAAGGGAGGACAGAUGUCACCGUGGAUUCUCGAGGCUGAAGCACUCUGCGAGGAGACGGAAGAGGAAGGUUCACCAGGUGGAGGUGGUUGGGGGUUGGAACCGGAGCUGGACACCCUUUUGCUCUUGGAGAAAGAGAUUCGUUCCGGACAACGAGAGCCGAUCCUUCCGGAGGACAUCACACACAUCAAGGAGGACCAGCCGGUGUUGGACGAAGACGAACUGCAGAGAGUGGAAAUGUUCGAAGAAAGUCCGAAGAAAUCCGAGGCAGGUUCGGAUCGGCCAGACAGACUUCAGGAAGUAAAGUCAGAACAGCCCGAAGAGCCGGUCGCAGAUCCCGAGACAAAUCCGUCGACCUUCGAGUAUGUCGUUGGUGAGAAAGUGUCGUACUACUCUGCUUCCCACCGUGCUUGGAUGCCCGCCCGCAUCGUGGAGCGUAAAAGCAGGACAAUCUAUGUCAUUGACAAGCAGAUGCGCGGAUGCAUGGCAAAGGUACGAGCGUCAGAGCUGGUUUCGGAGGCUGAGGAAAGAAACAGUCCUGUCUUGCGAGCAUUUACUAUGCUUGAGAAGGCCGAGCGAAGGCGGAAAAGGCCGUCCAGCGCUGCCAGUACUACCACGAGUUCAAAGCCUCAUUCUCCUGUGACAGUGCCGGGCAAUCGAGGAAGAAUUGUACGAGAUGAUUUCAGUGACGACUCUGAUUGAGUUGCCACCUAGAUGAGCUGAAUGUUCCAUCGAUUGGCAUAAUUUUGUGGAUUCUGUUCGAGGUUGGCCAGAUUGAAUUCGUUAGCCCCAAAGGGGCGGCCGCAACUCAAGAUCCCGAAGGGAUUUGAAAGAAAAGGUGUUCU